AUGUCCGUGAACGAGGUGUACGUGUUCCGCCCCUUCAAGCUGAUCGCGCUGCUCUGCGUCUUCCUCGCGCUCUGCCUGGACCUGGUGGCUCUGCUGAGUCCAGCCUGGGUCACCGCAGACCACUUCUCCCAGUCCCUGUGGGAGUCCUGCUCCCAGUCCGGGGCUCGGAGCCCCGCGGAGGAGGAGGAGGCUCCGUGGAGCUGCUUCUCCUCCCUCACGUCUGAUUGGCAGAUCGCCACCCUGGUGCUGCUGGGGGCCGGCGCGGUGGCGACUCUAGUGGCGUUUUUGGUGGCCCUGGUUUCCUUGUGCUGGGGGACGCAGAGACAACAGUACCGCGUUGUAGCGGUGUUCCUCUUCACUGCAGUGGUUCUGCAGGCCUGCGCUCUGGUCCUCUACCCCAUCAAGUUCAUCGACGGAACCAUUCGAGAGACCUAUCACGAGUUCAACUGGGGCUACGGGCUCGGCUGGGGGGCCACCAUCUUCAUGCUGGGCGGAGGGAUCCUCUUCUGCCUGCGGACGGAUUUUUACGAAGAUGCUUUGUACUGAUCAGCUGCUGCAGAUAAACAUGGAGACAUUUCUUCACUGUGCACAGGAGACAGGCCUCCUGUUUUGUCCCCUCUUGUCUUGAUCUCUGUUAUUUUUAGACUGGUUGUGAAGGCCUCAUUUAUGGUUAGGGCGGUGUGGGCAAAAUGCCCCCCCUCGCUCAGUCCAGCUAGGGUGUUGGGGGUAGCGACACCAAAGAGAGUUUUCUGGACAGGCUCGAGGCACCACUGCUGGACGUUUCCACUGACCUGGAUGUCUAUUGUUAAACAGAAACAACACAAACCUGAAUGAGUUGUGGCUCAUUAUUAUGAAACAGAACCGACUCGUGCCUAGAUUUU